UGUGGCCACGUUUUCCACCAAAUUAUCCCUUGUAAAAGGAGAAGGGGAAGGGGACAGUGUGAGAGAGAAAGUUUCCUAUCCAAACCUUUCGAUUCAGAAGUAGUGUGUGUGUUAAGGGAGAGGGGACUCUGGGCUCCAACAUUUCAAAAGAAGCGUUUAGGAUUUGCAAACACCUUUCGUGGGGACUGGGAACACCAGGAGACGCCGAAGAGCAGGUUGGCUGCCCGGAAGGUCUGUGUGAGGGUGCGAGGUAGAUGGUGAGCGGCCCCGGCAGCUGAGGGCAGGCCGGGCCCCCAGACGCAACAGAGCUUGAAGGACUGCGCAGUGGGAGCCCCGCACUGCGCCCGGCCCCGGCCCCCUGGAUCCUUCGGGGCGCCUCCACCCAGCUGUUAGCAUGAUGUCUUACCUCAAACAACCCCCAUACGGCAUGAACGGGCUGGGCCUAGCCGGGCCGGCUAUGGACCUUCUACACCCCUCCGUGGGCUAUCCGGCCACCCCGCGGAAGCAGCGACGGGAGCGCACCACCUUUACGCGCUCUCAGCUGGACGUGCUCGAGGCGCUCUUCGCCAAGACUCGCUACCCUGACAUCUUCAUGCGCGAGGAGGUGGCGCUCAAGAUCAACCUGCCAGAGUCCAGAGUCCAGGUCUGGUUCAAGAACCGCCGCGCCAAAUGCCGCCAGCAGCAGCAGAGCGGGAGCGGGACCAAGAGCCGCCCAGCCAAGAAGAAGUCGUCCCCGGUGCGGGAGAGCUCGGGCUCGGAAAGCAGCGGCCAGUUCACGCCGCCCGCUGUGUCCAGUUCCGCCUCGUCCUCCAGCUCCGCAUCGAGCGCUUCGGCCAAUCCGGCGGCUGCAGGCCUGGGCGGGAACCCGGCGGUGGCAGUCCCGUCGUCGUUGAGUACGCCGGCUGCCUCGUCCAUCUGGAGUCCGGCUUCCAUCUCGCCCGGCUCAGCGCCCGCUUCCGUGUCGGUGCCGGAGCCUCUGGCCGCACCUAGCAACGCAUCGUGUAUGCAGCGCUCGGUAGCCGCAGGCGCCGCCUCUGCCGCAGCCUCUUAUCCCAUGUCCUACGGCCAGGGCGGCAGCUAUGGCCAGGGCUACCCCGCGCCCUCCUCUUCCUACUUUGGCGGCGUGGACUGCAGCUCAUAUCUAGCGCCCAUGCACUCGCACCACCACCCUCACCAGCUCAGCCCUAUGGCACCCUCCUCCAUGGCGAGCCACCAUCACCACCAUCCCCACGCGCACCACCCGUUGAGCCAGUCCUCAGGCCACCAUCACCACCAUCACCACCACCAUCACCAGGGCUACGGCGGCUCGGGGCUCGCCUUCAACUCUGCCGACUGCUUGGAUUACAAGGAGCCUGGCGCCGCCGCCGCUUCCUCCGCUUGGAAACUCAACUUCAACUCGCCUGACUGUCUGGACUAUAAGGACCAAGCCUCAUGGAGGUUUCAGGUCUUGUGAGCCCAGGAGUGGGAGGAAGAGAAGAAGAAACGAAACUACCUGCGCCCUCCGUGGUCCCCGUCCAGUUGUUGCUGCUGCUGCUGCACUGCCCACCUUUGCCUCGGCUUUUCCAGACCUGAAAUUUCAUGCUCCCAAAAGAUGCCCAUUGCUGCACUGCCGCCCUCAUCUUUGUGCCACUUGCUUGGGGGAUGUGCAAACCCUGCCCACCCCUUGGAUGAGGGGACCGGUGCUUCGGCUUGGCCCUCAAGUUCCAUACGGGAGAGCUGUGUGCUCCCCUCCUCAACCCCUAACGAACUCCUAAGUCACCAUCUUCUAGUCUUUCUGGACAGUUAUUAUGGGCUUGCAGCCUUCGGAGGCUCUUCGCUCUGACUUGCUGUUUGAGCCCUACACUAAUUUAUUCUUUCUGGACACUGGAGUCACUAACUGGCAUGUGUCUGCCUGUUGGAGUGCACCCAUACUCUACUCCAAAUCAAAACAACCACUAAGCGUUUCUCGCGUGCAGACUGCCGCCCCUUCAGCUGCCCUAAGCCCCGCUCCCCGCCUGCAGACCAGAGCUUCCCGGCGUUUCCUCCUCCCCUGCCGGAUGCGCUGGGACGAGGCCCGGAGGGAGGAGCGCACCCAUAGCCUCUCGCGCACAGCCCCGCCCUGCGUAGAACUGGCUCAGGCUUCCGCUUCGGCGGGAAUGCUGUAUAUAGUCAGGUCCGUUCCAGGGACCACUUAAACUUUUUAGUUGCUGUUGGUUGAACUGAGCAUAUCUCGUCUUAGAGCCCAAGAAAUAGAACUUUAAGAUAUAUACAGCAUAUAUAUAUACACACAUAUAUA